AUGUCGAGAUUGCAUGAAUAUCAGAUCAUUGGUCGUCGUCUCCCAACUGAGGCCGUUCCAGAGCCCAAGUUGUUCAGAAUGAGGAUCUUUGCCCCCAACACUGUUGUCGCCAAGUCUCGUUACUGGUACUUUUUGCAAAGAUUGUACAAAGUCAAGAAAGCAUCUGGUGAAAUUGUUGCUCUCAAUGUGAUUUCUGACCCAUCUCCUACCAAGGUCAAGACCUACGGUAUCUGGAUCAGAUACGAAUCGAGAUCCGGCAUCCACAACAUGUACAAGGAAUACAGGGACGUUACCAGGGUUGGUGCUGUUGAGACUAUGUACCAAGACUUGGCUGCUAGACACAGAGCCAGAUUUAGAAACAUCCACAUUUUGAAGGUGGUUGAGUUGAAGAAGACUGAGGAUGUCAAGAGGCAAUAUGUCAAGCAGUACUUGACCAAGAACUUGAAAUUUCCUUUGCCUCACAGAGUCCAAAAGUCCAAGAAGUUGUAUGAGUUCAAGGCACCAACUACCUUUUAUUAA